UGUCAGAGCGCAAACUGCCGGAGUUCUGCCAAACUAGAGGAUGCUGGGACUACGGAGGACUUUGUUUUGUUGGACAUGGCGACGAACAUUGAACUCAUUUUUCGCGAUUUCGUUAUGAAUAAAAUAAAAGAAAUUGAAGACGAAGGUCAGCACUCUGGCGUGACAAGCGCAGGCCAUCCAAACGGAGGAGUACCUCAUUCUCUGGAGGCCCAGGGGCCUGGAGAGGUCACCGGUGGAAUGGAGAAUCAGGCGGAGACUCGUAUUGACCCCGCCCCAUCUGAAAAUUCACCGCCAGGAGAACCAGUCAGAGUCUGUGAGACUACAGAUUCUGUCAAAGGCCUGGCCAGCAAGGAGGAAAGCGAGACAACGCGCAAGAAAAAUAAGAAGCACAAACGGCAUAAAAGCAAAAAGAAAAAGAAGAAACGCAAGGAAGAGAAAGGGAGCAGCUCGGAAUCAGGGCUGGAGUCAGACGGAGAAGCACGAAACCAACCAAGUGUGAAGACUGAAGUUGAUGUCAGUAUGGAGGGAAGAGAUGUUGACCAUGCAGGGGCUGUGGAGAAAGCUUCAAGAUCCCUGUUGAUAGGGGAUAAUGGUGAGGGAAGGACAAAAAAAGAGAAGCGGCGUACGCCCAAGAAGAAGAAGAAGAAGAGCAGGAAGAGAGAUGAGAAGAUGGCUGGAAAAUCGCCCCCCUGUUCUCCAUCUGGCAGCACCUCAGUUUCCGGGACAGAGUCAGAGAUGGACUGCUCCGUCAAGUCAAGACUGCUCCCCACAAUGUCACCCGUGGUCACUUCAGACACGCUGAAAGAGUGCUCAUCAUCUGUUGCCUGCCCAAAUACACAAGGGGUGAUUGCAUCAUCAGCAGACACGGUGUCUGGGGAAGACUCGUCUGAGAGGAAAGACUUUUCAACUAUGGAAGGCAUAGCUGCAGAGCAUGAGGGCAAUCAGGAGUGCAAACCGCAGGAGUUACCUGACAUAAUCCCCAAGCUUGAGAGCACACACAGGGAAGACGCAACAAAGGGAGACUUGGACACAUCAGGAGAAAUAAACAGGCAGCAGGACAGAAGAGUGGAAGAGAAUUGUGGACACAGGUCCAGGUCACGAUCAAAGUCACGAUCACCCUCAAAAUCAAAGGGAGCAACAUCAUGCAAAGUCCAGGUGAAGAAGAGCCAUAGUCAGUCCUGCAGUCCAAAGCGACUUCCUGAUAAACCUGGUUCUCGAAAAGCCCAUACAGCAUCCAAAAGGAGAUCAAGGUCAGCCUCGAAAAGGAAAAGCAGCCCAAAGAGAAAGCGUUCCAGGUCUGACUCGCGGAGGCGGAAGUCCAGAUCUCGGUCUGUUAGGAGGUCGAGGCGCAAGUCCAGGUCUCUUUCAGCUAAGAGGAGACCGCGCUCAAAGUCCAGGUCAAAAUCCCUCUCGAGACGCAAUCAUUCAAGGUCCAGAUCAUGGAGGUCUAGGUCUCACCGCCGCAAUCGGCGUUCUUUGUCUCGGUCCACUAGGAGAACCAGGCAGUCGAGAUCCCAGUCCCAGUCACGCCGCAGGAGGUCACGGUCCAGGUCAGUUAGACGAACCAGGCGGGCUCGAUCAAGGUCGAUUGUGAUCUUGAGGAGGAGGUCAAGGUCUCAGAGAAACAGACGAUCAACUUCAGUACGAAGGCGUAGAUCCAGAACAAGGUCCCCGAAAAGAAGGCAGUCUAAAUCACAGUCCCCACGACAAUCCAGGCGUUCGAAGUCUAGGUCAAAAUCAAGAUCCCUUCAGCAGAGAAAGCAUUCCAAGUCCAGAUCCCCAGGAAGAUGUCAUCGUUCAAAGUCAAAAUCUCCCAAAUGUGGCAGGACAAAGUCUAAAACUCCUAAGAGAGAGAAUUCCAAAUCAAGGUCUCCAGCAAGAAAAGAAUCAAAAUCGAGAUCCAUCUCAAGAGAUGGACAAUCGUCUGAAAGGUGUACCUCCCCAAACAGAGUAGAAGUCUGCUCCAAACCUGUGGACCUGACCUCACCUGAAAUGGAGGAGAAGAGAGUUGUCUCAGAGAAGACCGAUGAGGAGGAAGUAACUUCUAAAGAAAUCUGUUCACAGUCUGUUAAUAUGGAAGGACACUCAUUGAAGGCAGAAGCCCCCUUUGACUUCAGCAGUCAUGAAACGGGAGAGUUCUCAGCUCUGGAACAAAGUGCCGACCAUUCAGAGAAGCAUGUGCUUCCCAUGGGGUCCUGGAAACCAGUGCCACCCUUAGUAGAUAGCAAGAUGAAACCUUCUAUACAGGAAGUUGUCACCAGUGCCACUAUUAAAGGACAGGGCGAUGUCAUGACAAAUCUACAUGAAAAUAAAUCUCCACCAAAUGGUGAAGAUGAAAAGUCCUUUUCUGCUAAGAUGCCUUUGAUCAACCCAGAAGUUUCAGAGCCCAUCGCCUUCUACACUGCCUCUCAUGACACUCAGCCAAAACAAAGCUCUGAGGUUGUGUCUGAAGAUGGAAACAAAGACACUGAGUGCAGACCCAGGUCUGUUUCGCCACAGAAUGACAGGUUGUGUGAACCCAUCCCAUCCUUAGACAGAUCAGCACCUGAAGAAUCAGACGACAAUGCCUUUAUGGAGAAGAAGACUGAAGUGGAUAUGGUAACUCCACAUGACUGUGGAAGCUCAAGGUCAAGAUCUCCUGUCAAGAAUGAUGGUGAAUGUUCAAAAUCAUACUCGCCACUAACAGAGGAAAAACCACCUGCUACAAAGAACUGCAAGUCCCCUUUGCAGAGCAAAAAACACAAAUCAUCAAAACAAAGACAGCCUUCAAAGUCUCCUACACAAAAAAAACAUUCAAAGUCUAGAAGUCCCUCAAGGAAUAAGAGAUCCAAUUCCAGGUCGCCUUCGAGCCAGAAGCGUUCAAGGUCCACCUCAACUUCACAAAAAAAGCAAUCCAAAACAAAAUCUACGACACGAAAGAAAUCUAAAUCAAAGUCACCAACAAGGAAGAGAAAAUCCAAGUCUCCAUCCCGUAGCCGCAAGAAAAAGUCCAAAUCGAAGUCUCCCUCAAGGAAAAGACGAUCAAGGUCAAAGUCUGCAGGUAGAAAGCGGAGAUUGCGUUCAAGAUCUAGGAUUAGAGCCAAGCAUUCACAGUCUAGGUCCCCUAAAAGAAAACGGUCCAGGUCUAAGUCGCCGACCAGAAAGAAACGAUCAAAGUCCCGGUCUCCAGCUCGCAGGAGAAGAUCUAAAUCCGCGGACAAAAGCAAACGCUCAAAGUCUCGUUCCCCCGCGAGGAGGAGAAGGUCACGAUCAAGGGCCCGACGUUCACGGUCAAGGAGGUCACAGUCUAGCUCUCGCCGGAGAAGAAGUGGUUUUCCGCUAGACCGCCGAGACAGAUGGAAACGCACCCCAAGCCACUCCCCUGUCCUUAUCCUGCGCAAGAGGAGGUCCACUUCACGCCCACGGCGCAGCUCCAGCAAGACCCCUCCACGCCUCACUGAGCUGGACAAAGACCAACUGCUUGAAAUCGCCAAAGCAAAUGCAGCUGCUAUGUGCGCCAAGGCUGGGAUGCCUAUCCCAGAGAGCCUUAGGCCCAAAUCUGUGCUCCAGCUGCCCCUCCAGUCCACCGUCUCCACAUCCUUAGCCUUGUCCCUGCUAGGACAACAAAUGAAUCUGCCCAUGGGCAUGGCCAACAUGCCCAACAUGGCAAUGAAUGCCGCUGUGGCCACUAUGAAUGCUGCCCUGUCCACUAUGAGUGCCCUUACGGCCAUGCCUGCUCUGCCCAGCAUCACAAACAAGCCCCCGCCCUCGGUCGCACCCAACACUGCCAACAUUGAGGAGGUCAAGAGGAAGGUGACGCAAAAGGCAAACAGCAUAAGCAUCAAAGAGCUCACAGAGAAGUGCAAAAAGAUUGCUGAGAGCAAGGAGGAGAUGGCCAUCGCCAAGCCGCACGUCUCUGAUGACGAGGAUGACGAGAAGCCAUUUGCAGGACUGGGGCUCAAGGAAAACAAGGGAAUCACCUUCAGUCUCAGUAACUCCUCUGCCAAACCGGUAGCAAAAACAGAAGCAGCGUUUGCUAAGGAGUUCCCAGUGUCCUCAGGGUCCCAGCACCGGAAGAAGGAGGGCGAGGGAGCCUAUGGGGAGUGGGUCCCUGUAGACAAGAAGAAUGAGAAAACCGCAGCAGCAACAGCUGCAGCGGCGGAAGAAGAGAGCAAGGACAGCGACAGCGUCUUUCCUGACGCACCUCUUCAGCCUGUGGACAUCACGCUGGCCGUGAGCGAGAGGGCGGCGGCUCAGAAACGGCUGGCCGAGAACCCCUUCGACGUCAACGCCAUUUGCAUGCUGAGUCGGGCACAGGAGCAGGUGGACGCGUGGGCCCAGUCCAACACCAUCCCAGGGCUGUUCACCGGCUCCACGGGCGCCCAGGUGCUGUCCUCUGAGGAGCUGUCCACCAGCGGCCCUCAGGCCUGGAUCAAGAAGGACCAGUUCUUGCGUGCCGCGCCUGUUUCCGGAGGCGUGGGCGAGUUCCUGAUGAGGAAGAUGGGCUGGCGUGUGGGAGAGGGACUCGGGAAGUACCGAGAGGGAACCGUGGAGCCCAUCGUCAUCGACUUCAAGACCGACCGCAAAGGUCUGGUCGCAGAGGGGGAGAAGACGCAGAAGUCUGGCAGCCUGGUGGUGAUGAAGGACCUGCUUGGGAAGCAUCCCGUCUCGGCACUGAUGGAGAUGUGCAACAAGAAAAAGUGGGCUCCGCCGGAGUUUGUUAUGGUGCAUGACAGCGGACCUGACCACCGCAAGAACUUCCUGUUCAAGGUGAUGAUAAAUGGCAGCGAAUACCAGCCCCAGACUGCCAGUCCCAAUAAGAAACACGCCAAGGCCAUGGCAGCAACGGUGGCCCUGCAAGCCAUGGGGGAGGUUUCCGGGGACAACGUCUACAGCGGGCCCGUCUUCACAGCGGCCACCACCACCGGCUAGCCCCGCCCCCGUUCCUCUGCAGCUACACAUGCACAUGUGCUGCUGUUCAGCUACUGAAAAUUUCUGAACCCACACAUACAUACGCACACAAACGUGCAAAUGGAUACGGGCUAACCACACAUUCUGAAGCCAGACACACACACACACACACACAACGCAUUCACUGGCCACUUAAAUCUACAGCCCUAGAAUAACUGUUUAAGGAUCCUAUUUCAGUGCUUUGUACAAACAGAACAACACAUUGAGAAAAUCACCUUUGGACUUGAACUUUGGACGUAAACAUUUGCGUUUAAACAAAGCGUUUGCAAACAGGCGUGUGUGGCGAUCCGGCUGAGCUGCAGGCGUGCUGGGAUUUUAUCACUGGAACAGCUGGAUGAAGAGCUGGAUGAACAGCUGAAUGAAGAGCUGGAUGAACAGCUGAAUGAAGAGCUGGAUGAAGCUGAUCCUGACCGAGUGCAUGCAAAGGCCUACAGAGAGGAGCAGCAGGACAAUCCCGAUUGACCAGAUACCGUUUCCUUUUAUAAGGGUGACCCCAGAGUAGCCCAACAUCCCAAUUCUCCCGUUGUUGCCUGGACUGAGUUAAGAAGGCAAGGUUUUGGAGAAGAGAUAUUAGGUAGCUGUGGACUCCCAGUUGUUGGUAAAUAGUUGUUCAUGGCCUCAUCACCAGUGCUGGUCUGUUACAGAAAUUGGCAUGUGUAACUUCAGAUUUAUGCAUGAGUGUGUGUUGGUAUUGGGAUAUAUCAUAAAGACUGGCCAGAAAGGAUGCCAUAUAAAACCUUCAUAUUUCCUGUUUUAGCCUGUUAGGCACAUUGUGUCCCAUAAGUGUAAAAAUGCUUAUAGUGUGCAAUAUGUUGUUAAGGAAUCGGAUGUACUACACGCAUUCAGUGGCAGGAACAUAACCCUUUGCCAGUCGGCUAUAGUGUAACAGGAGAAAAAGGGUUUUGAAGUAGUGGUUUACCACUUUGAGUGCAUUUAUCAUUGUGCGGCAAGAACAAAUCAAUGCUUCAGUGCAGUAAUUGUGGUAUUUUUUGAAAAAGGCAUUGAUAUAGGGCUGAAUUUGUUCUUUACCAGUGCUUUUUGAGUCUAGGAGCAUAUAUGGCUGUCUGUCUGUGGAAUCAUCCAUCAAUUUAAUUGGGUUACAAAAGGUGAGGGAUGAGUGUUCCACCUGAGCAUGGAGCUUUAGUUUUAUGGUAAAUGACUCAAGUGCUUCGAGAUGCCAAAUGAGUACAAUAUAAAAAUGUCAUUAUUAAAAAAAGGUGAACAUUUAAAAUAUUGGUAGAUUAGUUUUAUAUUUCUGCUUUUCAAAACUCUGCUUGAUAUUUUCAUGUGCUUUGGGCAAGAAUGUGUCUUGUUUUUUUUGGUUUUCUGUUGCCAAAUGUAAGAUGAUCAUGUCCCCACUUAUGUUCCUAAGUGACGAAAAUUCGCCCCCUCUGUUUUGGAGUGUAAUUGCAAUCAAGAUGUUGUGGUAAUGCUUUUAUUUUUAAUGUUGGGGGUACUUCAUUCUCACCUCCUGCUAAAAAGCUGGCCUGUCACCGUGAUAAUACCUGGUUUAUGUAGAUUUGUACGAAAAAAUCCAUAUAAUCCCUACAUUUCUUUACAUGUGCAUUUAGUACUGCCUUUUGUAUGCAGGUCAAAGGCAUACAACAGCAAGCUCAGAGCAAUUACUUUUUCGUUAUGGACAUUGAUUAAUAAGAAUGAAACGUUGAUUUUACACCGAGCAAAUGCCUGGUGUAAAAAGCGACUUUUUUUUAACAAGAUAGUGACACACGAUUCAACAAUAUAGUUGCGACACUUGAAUAGUGUCUGUUUAGUGCUUAUUUCUAUGUGAUUUAUAGAAUUUUUUCAAAAAAGAGGUUUUAGGUGACAAGUCCAUUCCCUUAUAAGCUCAUUUUGUUUUUAUAGAGUAUAUUCAUAUUAACACUGCAUUUUAACCCAUUUUUAAGCUUAGAUAGAGUCAAAUAGAGGCUAACUGUCAAACAGUAACUGUGUAACUAACAUCUACUGGCUGUUUAUCCAUGCUGCCCUCUUAUCAGGCUCUCUGCAGAUGUAAUGCAGUGAAAUUCCUAUUCAGGCACAGCUGCGGUUAAAAAUAACGUCUUCAUUAGAACGGCUGAUUAACGCACUACUAAAUGCUUGCAAAGUUCAGCAGGUAAACCACAGCGCAAGUGCUUGUGAGGAAGACCUUUUCAUGUUUCCUCAAAGCACAACAUUGAGGCUUUUACCAUGGCAACAUACGAAGGCGAGUAAUGUCAGAAGCAACUAUAACUGUACACAUCAGAACAGAACAAAUUUUUUUAAAUUGGUGCACUGUGACAUAUUUAAUGAUGACGGAAAGCUUCGCGUUUUUAUUUGUCAUACGGAUUUAUUAAUACCCAGGAUUUAAGGCAGCAGUUGUAUUAAUCACGCAUACAUGUUGGGAUCAUGCUCACUAUUCAUAAAUUCAAAUAAACAAUAAGGCAAGCUAUAUAGAAAUCCUACCUCCCUUGUCAAACAUUCAACCAGCGUGACAAAUUAGGAUGUUUUAUAAAUGGUUUAAUAUUUUGUUGUGCAAAGCAAUCAUGUAGGUCUGCUGAUCCAAACCCUCUCCCUCUUCUUUCCAGUUACCCUGUCUGCUCUUAUUGACUCAUUACUCUUUCAGUCCCUGAAAUUAAGUCACACUGGACUUCUGUUAUUUUUAAGUUGGAGACACUUCCUUAAAUAAAGCUGUUUAUCUGUUAA